AGUAAGCAGAUGUACUGGGACGUGGACGAAGGCUACCCCGGACCUCCUCCUGGAGACGACAACACCAACAACAGCAACACCUGCCCACGCCGAGCCGCAGGUGGAUUGCUCGGCGGGAUCAUGGCCGUCGUAACUGUGGCCCUACAGGAAGUCGACUUCUCCUGUGUGCCUAACCCGGACUUUACUCUGGUGGUUCACAACGUCGCUGAGUUACCCUUUGUCGAUCUCCGCACACAAGCACAGCUCCCCGCACAGAGCCUGUCCGACAUCCCUUUGUCUGGGCAGCAGAGCUACUUGGUGCCCCACAGCAAGAGCACUACAGUGAUCAUGAAGCCCAUUAGGGUCAUAUCGAACCCACGCCUCAGAUCGUAUAGUCCGGCGAGCCGAAACUGCUAUUUCACAGGAGAGAAGGAACUGCACUUCUUUCGGGUCUACACGCUACAGAAUUGCCGAUUGGAAUGCUUAACGAAUCUUACGUGGCAGAUGUGCAACUGCACAGCAUUCUACCAACCGCAAAUCGAGGGCGUACAGGUGUGUUAUAGUACGAAGAAGAUAACCUGCUCAAAUAGCAUAGAGGGGAAAUACAAAGACACUGACUGCAACUGCCUACCCGGCUGCAACAGUCUGCAGUACGACACAAGGUCCAUCCAGUCGGAUAUCGUGAGAGACGACGAUGACGAUGAACCUUAUCUGUACGGGAUUGUGAAGCUUGUAUUCUCGGAUUUGGAUUACAGUCCGUAUGUGAGGGAGGCCCGAAUAAGUUCCUUGGAGUUUCUUGGUGAGUCCUGAG